AUGGCAUCAAAAAGAAAAGAUAAUAAUAAUAAUAAUAAUUAUGAUAAAACUAAAAUUAAAUACACAAUUGAGGAUAUUUUAGUUGAUUUCAAUUUAUUAGAAGACAAGUAUAUGUGUGAAAUUUGUACCGGAUGUGUAUUUAAAGAUUUAAAUAAAAUAGAAGCAUUUCAAUGUAAAGAGGGCCAUGUUUUUUGCACAAGUUGUUGGACCCAAUCUUUAGCAAGAAAAAAAGAAUGUAUGGCUUGUAGAGCUCCAUGUGAAUUCAACACUUUAUCGAAAAAUAUAUUACUUCAAAAAGAUUUUAGAGAAAAAAGAGUAUAUUGCCCAAAUAUUUAUAGAUAUGUUGGUGGAAAGAUUGUAAAAGAUGAAAGGUUUGGUUGUAAAAUGAUAUUUUCUUAUGAUGAAUUAGAAAGCCAUUUAAAAAACUGUCCAAAAGAAUUUAUAGAGUGUCCUUUUAAUAAAAGUACUACCUCAAAAGAAUUAAAAUGUCAAAGUAUAAUUAGAAAAAGUUUAAUUUAUAGUCAUCAAGAAAUAUGUGUUUUAACCAUUGGUGUUUGCACAUAUUGUCAAGUUGAUUUAGGAAAAAAAGAGAUUUUAAAAGAGCAUCAAGAAAAAACUUGCCAAAAAUAUUUGGUUAAAUGUACUCAAGAAUGCAAAAAUAGUACUACUAAUUUUGUUAUGGUCGAAAGAGGCAAUUUACAAAAUCAUAUUAAAAUAGAUUGCCCUAAAACUAAAAUUCAAUGUAAAUAUAUAGAUGGUGGCUGCACUGAAGUUUUUCAAAGAUGUGAUCAAGUAAAGCAUUUAAAUGAUGUUAACCAUUCUGUUUAUAUUCAAAAUAUAAUGGAUCAACAAUUUAAAGCAUCACAAGAAAUGGUAGCUAAGCUAACACUAGAAAAUCAAGAACUUCAAAAAAAACUAGACCAAUAUUCAAUUAAAAUUGACCAGUUAGAACUAAAAUAUAACACAACAAAUUCAUUAUUAACCCAAGUCAAAGAAAAUCUUGGAGAC